UUAAUAAAAUGGACAGAGAGUUAAUAAAAUGGACCCAACAACUUGCUAAUGAGAGAGAGAGAGAGAGAGAGAGAGUUAAUAAGAUGGACCCAAACAACUUGCAUUAGCAUAAACUGAGACACCCAACUCUAAUGGCAGCGCUACAUACUAUCCUCGCCCUCCUCUUCUUCUCCUUCCUCGUCCUCAACCACUCCGGCGGGUUCGUUAAUGCUCAGGCUUUGAUCCCGCCCGCGAGAUUUGAUGGGUUCGUGUACAAAAACCGCCUUUCCACCGACAUGGACUCGAUCAUCAUCGAGGCAUUCUUGGACCCCGUUUGUCCUGAUAGUAGAGACUCUUGGCCUCCUUUGAAGCGAGCUGUAGAUUACUACGGCUCUCAUGUCUCCCUCGUCGUUCACCCCUUCGCUUUGCCUUACCACGACAAUGCUUUUGUUUCUUCUCGUGCUUUGCAUAUUGCGAAUAAGCUCAAUGCUUCUGCCACAUACGACUUGCUGGAGUUGUUCUUUAAGCGCCAGGAGGUGUUCUACAGCCAAGCAACCUUCAACAUGUCCAAGGCAACUAUUGUAAGUCAAAUCGUGAACUUGGCGACCACAGCAGUUGGUAACUCCUACCAAUCUGCAGUUGCAUCCGGCUUUACUGACAGGAAAACUGAUCUCAUGACAAGGGUCUCGUUCAAGUAUGGUUGUUCAAGAGGGGUGUUUGGAGCGCCUUUUUUCUUCGUGAAUGGAUUUGCAUUACCUGACGGUGAUUCAACUAUGGACUAUGCUAAAUGGAGGAGCAUCAUUGAUCCAUUACUAAAAGAACAAGCCAUGGAAUGAGGGGGAGGAGCGUCUACAUUUCUUAUUAACUCUUUUCGGCUGGUUGUAUUUGCGCUAAGCCGCUAAGAACAAAAUAAAGGAACUGUAAUUGAUGUCAUUUUUUUUUUAAACAACUCCUAUUGAAUCGAGCAGCUAGUUGUAUCAAAAGAAUGAAUCUUCGUAUGAGGAA